AUGGAGGGCUUCGACACCAUGGCUAUGCCGCCGUACCUGGCCAGUCCGCUGUCCCUCGGAAAUCUCCAGGGAACCGACUAUCUGAAUGCCAUGCCUGGCUUGGACCUGCCAGACCACCGGUCCAACUUCGACACGGAGACCUUUGUCAGCAGCGAUGAUAUCGCCUUUCAACAAAAUAACAUCCCACACUCGCUCAAGCGCUUUCCGUCCGGAUAUGAGGACCCUUUCACCGAUAUGGUCGCUCCCUUCGACCCCGUGCCGCCAGAGCAACCCCAAGAUUCCUCCAUCGACCACAACAACAAGCUGCUCAGUUUUUCCCUGCCAGUCUACCACUUCACCCUGCUCGACUACUCAAUGCGGAGGACAUCAUUAUCCGUGUCGGCGCAGCUACACGGGAUGUUCUUCCUGGCCGAGUCGCCUUAUACAACCUCGCCUUCCGAGCACGCGCCGCCUCAGCAAGGCGCCGAACUGACCUGCUAUCGUCGCAAUCUGUUCCAAAUUACCGGAUCCGUCACCCUGCCGCGAGGGAUGCGCUAUAUCAUGACCGAUCAAGGCGACCGCAUUCCAAUUCUCGCCCAGGAGCUCACCGUCUCGGCCACCGAGUCUGUCGAGGGGAACCCGGUGAAGAUCAUCUCUGUGCCAUGGAAAACUCCGUCGGCAGCCGCUGCCAACUCUGGCACAGCGGUCGAAGAGAGCAACCCCAGCACGGGUGCCAAGGUGGAGAAGGAACCGCCACCAAUUCCGCUGGACAUCAUGGCCGGACAGGACCUGGACACCGAUUACGCGACCUUCCCCAUCGCCUGGAAGCGUCUGCAGUUCCGCGUGGCUACCGCCAACAAUGGACGUCGGAAGGAAUUACAACAACAUUUUGUGGUUCGGCUCAAGGUGGUCGCCACGUUGUCGACCGGCGCCAAGAUCUCCAUCUCGGAGGUGCAGUCGGGGCCGGUCAUCGUUCGUGGCCGCAGCCCACGGAACUUCCAGUCCCGCAAGGACCUGCCAUUGAGUGGUAGUGCUGCCGCCUCUCGCAAGAAUCAAGCAAACAACGCGCCAACACUCAACCGCACACCAACUAGCGAGUCCGUCCCACGCCGCGCCAGCAUCACCCCUGCCAAGGCCAAGGCCUCAUCAGGUGCUGUGCAGAACUGGACGUCGAUCCCGCAGUCCGCAUCGAGCAAUGUCAUCCCUCAGGCUCAUCAAUCCUACUUUCCUCAGUCCAGUCCAGAACAACUUUCUCAGGCAGCUGAGCACCAACGCCGUGUGAGCGCUGUGUCCGUUGGUGCUGCAGCACCUAUCAACUUGUCCCUGCUGGAUGAGGAAGAGGGCGGGGAUCCCAAUCUUCAACUAGACUCCACAAUGGUGACUUCUUACAAUACUAGCGAGAUCCCCCCGCAGCAGAUCUCUCCUCAGCAGAUCUCUCCCCAGCAAAUUUCUCCCCAGCAGAUUUCCCCUCAACAGAUGCCUCCGCAGCGGGCCAUCAACCUCGACUCGUCCAUUCCGCCGGCCAAGAUGCGCAAGAUGUCUCAUUCCCAUGGCCCGGCACGCAGCACCGUGUCAUCCUUGCCUUUACUGGAGACGGCUAAUCUGCCGCACCAGUUUGCAUCUUCGCUGCCCUUCCCGAAUGAGAGCACCGAUCUGCUGUAUGAGUACUUCCCUCUCGGACUGGAUGACUGGCAGGCACCCGUCGAUGCAGUCUACCGGCCGCAUGUCGUCCACCACACCAACAUGCCCGAGGUGAAAUUCGCCGCCACCCGUGGGCGGAAUAAGCGCUACUUUGCCGCAGAAGAUGUCUUCUGA